UAUUACAUUAGAAAAACACCAACCCUAGACUUUAUCCAAGUCAAAUAAUGUCUCUUAUACUAUAACCUUCUUCAUAUAUAAAUUCGUAUUAAUUCUCAAACCAAUAAUAACAAAUAACAAACACACUAAAUAACUCUCUCCCUCUCUCUCUCAAUAUAAUUUAACUUUCUCUUUAAUUUUAUUUCUACAAUAUGGGAAAUUCAAUAGUGACUCCAUGUUUUCAUCCAAACAAAAAAUUAUCAUCGUCGUCGAUGUCGUCAUCGUCGUCAACUAAGCUUUUAUUUUGGCAAGGUACAACGAAAUCUCUAAACGGUAAGCACAUCGCCGGCGAGAUCAUGAUCGAGUACCCGGAGACGAUGAUUUGCCAUGCUGACUCGUUCUUCAUCGGACACCCGAUCCCUAGUUUAGCCUUAGACGACGAACUCAUGGCUGGAGAGGCCUAUUUUGUUCUCCCUAUUGAUUUCUUUUCUUGCAAAACUCUUUCAGUUUCUUCACUUUUAUCAUUAAGAUCGUGUAAUGGAAAUGAUAAUAAUGAUAACAGGUCAACAAUCAAAUUUGGAGAGUGCCCUUUUGAGUAUUUGAAGGAUUGUGAUGGAAGGGUGAUGAUAAAGGUUAUGCCUGAGUUCAUAACAAGGCUUGUUAAUGGAGGGAAUGAUGAUUGUAGUGAAACUAAAAGUAGCUUCCUUUGUAGCACUCCUGAGUUGAAAAAACAUUAUGAAAUGCUUGUAAAAUCUAAGGAACAGGUUUGGUCUCCUAAGCUAGAAACUAUUUUGGAAAAUAAGGUUAGGCUUAGAAAGGAAAGGAAAAUUAGGCAACAAAAAACGAAAGCAGAAACUGCGUUUGCUAGCUAGCUAGAUACUUCAUAUUAUUAUCAUAUAGAUAUAUGUAUAAAUUUUUAGAGUGAUCAAAGUAAUUAAACUUGAAAUUUUGGGCAUUAAUUGAUCAUAUAUGUAAAUCUAUUAAUUAAUUGAUUAUGGCAUAGGUUUCUUUA